AUGGACUUCAAACACUCGAACUCAUCGACUUACUACAGCCUGGAAGUAUUAAGUGAAAUAUUUAAGAACGAAGAUGUUUCAACGAACAUACAAUCGUACCCCGAGGAGGUAUCCAGAAGAGUGUCGGAUGAAAUCGACCUGUUGCUUGAAAAUUUCGUGAAAAAUACAAAAAAAUAUGAAAGCACACGCGUAUUUGACGGCGAUAACACAAGUUUAAUGUUUAAAUACAAGCUUCUGAUGGACUACUACGCUAUAAUGUACAUUUACGCAAACAAAAACAUACACCUCUACAAGGCUUACAGGUGGAACAUCGUGCAGGAGCUGGCGACGAUAUACAACGGGUACUACGACUUCAUACCCGACAACAUUAUACACAAUCUGUCGGACCUGGAGAUAUCGCACUUGCGAGAACGCUGUCUGUACAUCAAGUCGCACUUGAAGUUCGUGAACACGGGCAAGUACACCCUUAUCGGAAUACUGAAGGACAUAGUCACAGAUGACCUAUCUGAGCCUAACAGCUCGAAGCUGAAGUUUUACCAGAAGAACACCAGGCUUUUUGUGCCGUCACACAUGGCCGACCUGCUAAGGCCAUGUAAGUGGAUUAAAAUCCUGAAAGUCGAUAUGUAA